CUUUGUAAAUAACGCUUUCCUGUCAGCCGGUAGACUCCACGACUUUUUCCUUCUUCUGCUGACAGGGCACUUUACAAACAGUAUCCUGUGUUUGAAUUUGACUUAAGUGGAGGAAGUCUUCCUGGUUUUAUUUUUGUUUAGGGAACAACUUUUUUUGGACUUCAGCUCAGACUAAGCUCUUCAGAUCAACAGUGAAGGAUGAAUGGCCUCUCUCUCAGCGAGCUCUGCUGCCUGUUCUGCUGCCCGCCGUGCCCCAGCCGCAUCGCAGCCAAGCUCGCCUUCCUCCCCCCCGAGCCUACGUACACCUUUCUUCCAGACCCAGAGGCAGGCCCUGCCGCGCCAGGAGCAACGGGCACGUCCAGCCUGCGGUCACGGAGUGGUGCGUCUGUUGCUGGAAGUGGAGGGGCCGGCGCCGUGGAUGGGAGAUGGAAGCUCCACCUGACGGAGCGAGCAGAGUUCCAGUACUCGCAGAGGGAGCUUGACACGACGGAGGUGUUUCUAACUCGAUCCAGCCGAGGAAACAGAGUCGGCUGCAUGUACAUUCGCUGUGUUCCCAACGCAAGAUUUACAGUGCUCUUCUCCCACGGCAACGCCGUUGACCUCGGUCAGAUGAGCAGUUUCUACAUCGGUCUUGGCACUCGCAUCAACUGCAACAUCUUCUCCUACGACUACUCAGGCUACGGUGUCAGCACUGGCAAGCCCUCUGAGAAGAACCUCUACGCAGACAUUGAUGCUGCCUGGCAUGCCCUGCGCACACGAUAUGGCAUCAGCCCAGAGAAUAUUAUCCUGUAUGGACAAAGCAUUGGGACAGUACCCACUGUAGACUUGGCGUCGCGGUAUGAGUGUGCUGCUGUUGUUCUUCACUCACCUCUAACAUCGGGCAUGAGGGUGGCCUUUCCCGAUACAAAGAAAACGUAUUGCUUCGACGCUUUCCCCAACAUUGAAAAAGUGUCCAAAAUCACGUCCCCAGUGCUCAUCAUCCACGGCACAGAGGAUGAGGUCAUUGACUUUUCCCACGGCCUGGCUCUGUUCGAGCGCUGCCCCAAGGCUGUGGAGCCUCUCUGGGUGGAGGGAGCGGGCCACAACGACAUUGAACUUUACAGCCAGUAUCUGGAGCGCCUGCGCCGCUUCAUAGGACAGGAGCUGGCUGUACAGCACGCCUGACCGUGACCCCCAUAGUCAUCAUCAACGGCGUCAUUUUUGUUUUUCUUUGUCCAAGUUUGAGGUGUGUCCAAGUGUCAUCCAAACUGUCCCUGAGCUUACCUCGGCUAUCAGGGGUGUUGUGUGUCUCAAACUGCAGUUUCCGGAGCAGAGUGCACCUUUGAUAAAUCGCAGUUUGAUGCAACAUGGAGACAAGAAGUGUGUUCGUAAACAUCGGAAGAGUGGGUGAGUGUGAAAGACUUUGUUACAAACUGCGUUUUAGACUGUUUUGGGUUUUUUUGCCGUUACUUUGACAGUACAGCUGCUGUGUGUUACAUGGCAGCAAAAUAUUCCUGAACUGUGCAAUAAUACGGACAGUGUCCACAGGGGAAAAAAAAGACUUAAAACAAAACAAAACAAAAAAACUAAUAACUAAGUAAUCAUGUAGUUCAAUUAUGUUGUGGUCCACACGGAAAAAUUCCAGCGAUUUUCCAGCCUACUAUAGAGUUUGUGUGUGUAACUUGAAUUUUUUGCUGUUAACCCAAAUUAAAUGGAUGAUGGUGAGGUAUGGGAAACACUAAAGAACACUCUCAGAAGUGUGAGUGACAUGUGUUGGAGAUAUUUUGUUUUUUAAAUCACUCAUUAGAAUAGCAAGCAGGUUUGUAAUUAAGUACUCUACAGUCUCUAUUAGUAACCCCGCUACAAUGUAAUGCAAUCCAAUUUAAAGGGACAGUUCACCCAAAAAAAUCAAAAAUACAUAUUUUUCCUCUUACCUGUCUAUUUGUUGAACCAGGUUCCUUUGGUUUGAGUGGCUGAGCGUUGGAGAUAUUCACCUGUAGAGAUGUCUGCGUUCUCUCCAUAGUAAUGGAACUAGAUGGCACUCUGCAUGUGGUGCUGAAAGCAGAGAAAAAGUACUUUUGAAAAACAUAACAAAAAGGUUCCUUGCAAAAAUCAUGACCUGCCAACAGUAUCACAACACAGGAGUAAGCACGGACCUGCUGCUAGCUCACCUAGCACCACUGAGCUAGCUAAAGUUACAGCUCAGUCAAGGAGGACGGCAGCGAUGUACAUCUCGCGCUGUCCUGCAGAACAAGCCUCUCAUCCCCUCAUCCUUCUGUGCAGUGAUACACUUGGCAGGUGUACUUUGGUAGAAAGAAAAUACUUCCCACUUGAAACUGCU